UGCGGCGAUAUUUUAUCCACAGUGAUGAGGAAAUACAUGAAUCCACAGUUCUCGUUGUAUACACUCAGUGGAGAUUGCAGCCAACAAAGCAAUGCAUUUACAGCAUAUGCACACUUCCCAUCAUCACAGCGACAUCGCGGAAUAUGUCCAAAUCGCAGGGUAAUCAAACCCAACACAAGGCAAACAAGUUGCAGUUCACAUCUGGAUAUUCUUCCAUAUGUCGAUCAUGUUGACAAAUCCAAAUCACUAUCCACACAGCCAAUAAGCCUGGAUAUCUAUGAAAUGACGAAAAUAUGCCGACAGCUGCAUUUCAGAUCCCUCUCACUCAUACAGUGGUCAUAUUCUGCUCCUGCAUGGUUUAUUCGACAUUUUGUAUAGAUUGGUCCGCAGUCGUUCUAGUUCAAGAUCGAAAAGAAUAAAAACUCUACCGGUUGCCGAAUCAUUAUUACUUCAGUGCAAGUUUCUCUGAAUACUAAUUGCUGUGGUGAGCCUCUUGCAGAU